AUGGAUACCUAUACAAACUACCAAGAAUUGUCUGCCCGUACUGCUGGUGAUGGAUGUGAAAGCUACAAGACAGCUGAAGAAAUGGACAUGUCUUUUGAUGAUGCUGGUCAGUUCAUAAGAGUUAUGCAUUACGACACAAUCCGACCGGUUGUAGAAUCUCAGAACCGACGAAAAGACGUCGACUGGAAUUUGGAAUGGUUUAAAAUGAAAAGAGCCUCAUUGAAAAGAAAGGAAGGUUUAUUAUUCGAGAAGCAUCGUCGAAUCAAGAAGAAGCUCCAUGACUUUCUUAACUUCGCCUCAAAGAAAGAAGCUGCAAUGAAUUCCGAAAAUACCCCAUCUACACCAAACUACAAAUCCAGAUCCCAGUUAGAACAAUCUUCGCAUGAUACCGGGUUAGUCACAGUUCUGAAGAAUGGUAUUGAAAAGAAAGCUUCUGUCCAUGUGAAAUAA